AUGCAGAGCACCGUCUCCAAUGGCAAGCACGCCGGGCCCGUGUGGCAGGUGCGCUGGCUGGACCGCGGCCCCGAGCGCGAGGAGGUGCUGCUGUCUAUCAGCACAGACGGCCGCCUGGUGCAGUGGUCAACAGAGAAAGGCCUGGAGCACACCGUGCUGCUGCGCCUGCGCCGCGUGCCGCACCACAUCGGCGGCGGCGGGCUGCCGCCCGCGCCGCGCAGGGCCGAGGAGGCGGCGGCGGCGGGAGCAGCGGCGGGUGCAACAGCGGCGCAGCAGCUGCAGCAGCGGGAGACGCAGGCGCGUGCAGACCGAGGCGCCGCGGCGGGAGAUAAGCAGCAGCCGGCAGGCACGAGGCGCCCCCCUCAGCCUGACGGGCACCCCGCCCAGGAGCAGCGGCAGGAGCAGCGGGAGCAGCAGCGGGGGCGGGGGCAGCAGCGGGAGCCGCUGGUGGGUGCGGCUGUGGAGAGGGACGCGUUUAUCAGCCGCUCGGCCGGCGGUCUAUGCUUCGAUUUCAGCCCAAGGGAUGGCAGCAUUUACCUGGCAGGCACCGAGGACGGCUGGGUCCACAAGUGCAGCACCUCCUACAGCGGGCAGUACCUCGAGUCGUACCGCGGCCACCUGGGGGCGGUACACCGCGUCGCCUGGUCGCCGUACCGCCAGGACCUCUUCCUGUCGGCGUCGGGGGAUGGCGGCCUGAGGCUGUGGCAGGAGGGGCGCGCGGGGGCGCCGCUGAUAUCAUUCCAGGGCGGCGGCGAGGAGGUGGUCGACGCUGCGUGGUGCCCGGGCAGCUCGACUGCGUUCGCCGCGGUGACGUCGGGCGGCAGGCUUGAGGUCUGGGACUUUGCGGCGUCGACGCUGCGGCCCGCCGCGCAGCACGUGAGCACCAAGGCGCGCGCGACGGCGGUCAGCUUUGCGCCGCGCGGCGCGCCGGUGCUCGUCGCUGGUGGGGACGCGGGCGGGCUGAUGGUGUUUCGGGCCUUCAACCUUUCGGACGAGCGCGGGGAGGGGAGGGAGGCGCAGAUGGCGCGGCUGGAGGAAGCCAUCAGGGCCAACGCGGCCAAGGCGCCGGCUGCGGCGGCGGCGGCGACGGGGCGUGGCGGCUCCUGA